ACUUCAUGUUCAACUACAUUCUGUGUUAAUAUACUUUUAGUUAUUUACCAUGAAAAUAGUUAUUUAAAAUGAAUAAAUAUCUAUCGAGUUAUAAGCGCAAGAGAACUGAAGAAGUUAAUGAAUUAGUUUCAUGGUAUAAACAGCAACGAUCAUUUUCAAACCGAAGUCAACCGAGUACAAGUUCUGGUUUGGGAUCCUUAAAUGCAUUAAACAUAACACCUUGGGAUUAUAACCUUGAUGCAAAUAUAGUUAUUAAAACAGAAAAAGAUUUAGCUAUUGAUACUCGAGAUUUUGAUAUAAAUAUUGAAAGUGAACCCCAAGGGAGCAGUGUUCCUCCAAAAGAAUAUUUUGAAAUGUUAGGAAUGGAUAGUAUGCAGACUGGUGGCAGAAAUGCAGUGUCAUAUGCAUCUAUGAUGACUGAUGCAAGUGCUUAUGAAGAACAAUAUCUAAGUCUGAAAAUAUUUCUGGCUGCAUGCAAUGCUUCAUAUAAAAGAGAACUGUCAUCCAUUUUAUUUCCAAUAUUUAUACAUUUUUACCUGGAUUUAAUUGCAAAACCUGAUUUUCCUACAGCACAAUCUUUCUAUAAUAAAUUUCAUCAUGAUCAUGAAGAACAUGAAAAGGAAAUUACACAGUUCAUUUCAAAAAUUACACUAGUUUCUCAAAUUGUGUUAUAUCCAAGUGUUAAUGAACUUCGAAACAAUAAAAUCAACUUGAAGUUGUCGCAUUCUGUUUACUUGUAUUUAUUGCAGCAUCUUAGACAUGGGAACUACACUUUGGUUUUGCAAACUCUAAACAGACAUUUUACUGUGAAAACAUCAAACAUUUUAUCUAGCAGUAAAUCAAUUGGUUACCUAACAGACAGCGACACAGAAGAGGAUUUCACUGAGAAAUAUUUUUCCACUUGGAGUGAUGCAGAACAACUUACUGUUAAAAGCUUGCAAAAUUCUAUUGCAGAACUUCAAAAAUCUUCAAAGAUCUUAAAACCCUCAAUUUGUUUAUAUUCUUUUGUAAAUGCAUACCAUGGGCUGACAUGCUCAACGUUUUCUCAUAAUGAUGAAAUUUUAGCUGCCGGAUUUGAAGAUUCCUCCGUGCGAUUAUGGAAUUUGAUGUCUAAACAUAAGGUCGAUUUCUCUUCAGCUGAAGAUGAAAAGUCAGUCGAGAGCUCAAAUAUUAAUACAUCUAAAGAUUGUCGUGUAUUAAGAGGACAUUCUGGAUCGGUAUACCAAACUGAAUUUCUUCCAGAUAAUCACCUUCUAUUAUCUGCAUCUCAAGAUAAGUCUGUUCGUUUGUGGAAUACAGACAUGCGCAGUUGUUUAGUCGAUUACAGAGGUCACAACCACGCUGUGUGGGAUGUCAGUGCAAGUCCUUUGGGAUGUUAUUUUAUGUCUGCAUCUUUGGAUAAAACGCUGCGCCUGUGGAAUACGGAGUACGCGUUUCCGCUACGAAUAUUUGCAGGUCAUAAUGAAAGCGUCGAUAGUGUAGUCUUUCACCCUAAUGGAAAUUACAUUGCUUCUGGAUCUUCAGAUAAAUCCUGUCGGCUGUGGGAUUUACAGACGGGACAAUUCGUACGCGUAUUUGUUGGACAUAAGGCACCGAUCUACACGUUGGCUUUCACAAAGGAUGGAAAAUAUCUCGUUUCAGCAGGAGAAGAUACGAGCAUCUUAGUCUGGGAUUUGUCAAAUGGACAGCUACUUAAUGAAAUACAUGGCCACACAAAAACUGUUUAUAGUUUGGUCUUUAGUUCGGAUAGUACAAUGUUGGCGUCCAGCGGUUUAGACUCAACUGUAAAAGUUUGGGAAAGCGAGACUCUACUUAAAAAGAGCGGGAAUUUAGUUUUCAAAAACAGUCAUGAUGUUAUUGGCAGUUAUGAUUCGAAUCUUGCGAACGUAACGAACUUGAAAUUUUCUUCUGGUAAUUUAAUUUUGGCAGCAGGAGUUGCCAAAGGAAAAUAAAUUAUUAAAUAAUUCUAGUUGUAAAUAUUAUUUAUUCAUAUAAAUUUUUAUUUGUGUUCAUUUAUAUAUUUAAGAAGCUUACAUACUUCUCAA